AACGGCGUCGUGUUCUCGAAAAAUCUUCUCCCUGCCUCUGCGUAGCUCUUCUCGCCCCCGCUUGUCUCCGCCGCGGGCGCGGCCGGCGCUCGGCCGUCCGCACACGACGCAACGCCCCGCCCCGCCCUCCGCUCCCACUGUUCGGUCGGCCCAAGAUCCUCAUCCGAACUUAAGACAAAAUGGGCUCAAGAGUUUUUGCUUUGUUCAUCACUGGCGUUGUCCUUUUGGGCAGUAGAAUCUUGGCCUUGGACCACACUGUUGUUGAAAAGAGAUUAAAUGAGAACACGGUAUCACUUACAACAAAGGGAAGUCCACAACUAUGCCAACUUUGUGAGCAGUUUGCCACAGAAACCCUCUUCUAUUUGAAGGAGAAUGAGACCCGGAUCGAAAUUAUAGAUACUCUUCACCAAGCUUGUUUGAAAUUUCAUUCACUUAAGUUAGAGUGUACAAAGUUGGUUGAUUAUUAUGCAGCACUGUUCUUCGCACAAAUUGAUUCUCUAAGCCCUGAAGAAUUUUGCGUAUCAGCAAGUCUUUGUGAGGAAGUUACAUACAUUCGCCUCCCAGGACAUGAACAUGCUUGCACCCUUUGCCAUGAGGUUGUUGAUGAGAUUUGUACUGGUCUUGAAGACCCUGAGAUGGAGCUCAAGAUAAUCGAGAUACUUCUGAAAGGAUGCAACAACACAGAGAGCUUCGUACAGAAGUGCAAGAAGAUGAUAAUCCAAAAUGCACCACUCAUACUAGAAGAUAUCAAGAAGUUUCUCGAGAAGAGAGAUUUCUGCGAUUCUAUCCGUGUCUGUGGAGGCAAAAUUGCUCGCCCUCCAGGAGGAGGUCUGAGAGGCCUGUCUACUGUGUGAGCUCUUUCUUUUCCUGAACACGCAUGACGAUUGCGUGGCAUUUAAUGAAGAACACGGGGGCUAUCUGACCUCACGCGGUGAUGUUUAGAAGAAAGAUUGGUGGUGUAAGUCUACGAACGAAAAGAUCUUAUAUAAUGCUAUUUCCGAGCAGUGUACUAUAUAUUAUACAGCAUUGGCAUUGUACCUGUGGAGAAGUGUAUAUAUUAUCAGUCAUCAAAUGAAAUUUCUGUGAUAGUUGUUGCUACAUGAUCGUUCAUGGAACGUAAGCAAAAUGUAUGCUUAAAGUGUAGAGCAUAUACGCGUGUAAACAAAUUAUGAACUAUGUGCAGUGGACUUUUAUUUAUGAUGCAGAUCUGGCCCUUUCUUUUGA